AUGAGUGACGAGUGUUAAGAGAAAUUUUAAUAAAUACUCUAGUUAAAAGAAAUAUUUAGUACUCGAGAAGUAUUACCAUCAAAAAUACAAAAAUAAAAGAUGUUUGAUAUGAAUUUCCAAAUUAAGUAAAUCCGUCAUCAACAAUAGAAGAGAUUAGAUCAAAUAAUAAAUAGUUCUAUUAAAUCUUAACCAAGUUAAUAUCAAUAGGGAAUAGAAAAAGAAGUAUCAAAGUAGUAUAACAACUUAUUAAUUGUUGAUUAAUAAAAUAUUUGUUUGAGUUGUGAUAAAUACAUUUUUGAAAAAAAAGUGAUAUUGUAUUGCUAUGAUAAAUAUGAACACAAUUAUCAUUCAAGUUGUUUGGCAAAAAUGAUGAAACAAUAAUUAUAAUCGAAAUGCAUUAAAUUUUAGUGUUUAUGUAAAAGUUAAAUUAAAAAUGGAUAAAUAAUGAAACAAAGAGCCUUUGAAUUUGAAGUAUAUAUUAAUAAAUUAAUGGAACACUAGCUUCAUUAUAUGAAAAAUCAUCUAUCUGAUAUAAAAAUAUGUGCUAAUAAAUGUUGCAAUUUUUUUUGGAUUAUGAACAAUGCAAGUAAAAAAAGAAGUAAGUCUUAGUUUUAAUCUUAUUCUAAUUCAUAUUCCCCUUCGAAAACAUGUAGGAUUACAUAUGUCAACUAUUGUCCUCAUUGUAGAUUUUCAUGA